AUGUUGGAUCAGAAGGUCUCUCGAGGUAUUGUGGUAUUUCCAGGUACCUUGACCGCUGCCGCUAAUAAGGCCAUCCAAGUGAUCAACACCAAAGAGAAUAGAAAUUAUGAAAUUGAUACUUUCUCAGAAGCAGAUCUAAUGGUUAACAUUACCCAACAUCAGUUGGUACCUCAGCACUAUGUUCUUUCCGAGGAAGAAAAGAAAAUAUUACUUAGCAAAUAUCGACUGAAAGAAACACAAUUGCCACGUAUCCAAAUCACGGACCCUGUUGCGAAGUAUUAUGGAUUGAAAAGAGGACAG